CCAGAUGUGGCGACGGCUCUAGUCGCACGCGUGCGAGAGAGACGAUCACUGAUCACGGCGUGCGGUACUCCCGCGAAAAUAGAAAAGAGACCUGUUCAUGGUUCCUUUGUACGAUCGCUCAGCUUCUCUGCGACGAUUUUAGCCGGAGAAACGCCGGUUGAAGAAAGGCAUUCCAAAGGGAGAAGCAUUUGUCCUGCUCCGGGUCAGUGGAGAAAGGACAACGGACUCUAGUGACGAGAUUUCCUUUGGGGCUUUUGUCGAGGCUGAUCCUCGGAACUUUUUCGUUGCUCGUUAUUUCUGGGGGUGGUCGCGGACGGUUUCUUGUGGAAUACGCACGGGGAUCACCAGCCGGUUCACGGGAGUGGUGAUCGAACGGAACGAACCAAGAGUGUAACACCUAGGUGCGAAUUUCGAGACCUAGGAGAUCCUCCGAGUGCGAAAUAAUUUAUCUCAGUGAUACCGAAAACACCCUGGAACAUGUCUGCAAUCCGAAUCAACGUGGAAGAGGCCUCCAACGACGGUCGCGAGGACCUCGUCCCUGACAUCGAGGCGACGGCGGCGGCGGCUACGACGGUGGCUACGACGGCAGUAGCGGGCAGCCCGCUUUCCUGGCACAUCCCAAGGCCGUCCUUGGUCGGCAGAAGCGAGAGGGAUAGCGAGAAUGGUAGCUGGGCUCAUAAUUUGCACCCGAACUCGCCGUCCAGAGGAUCCACUUCCUCCCAGGGAUCCACCGCCAGCACACACAGCGCCGCGUCGGGCACGUUACUCCUAACAGCCGCGAACCUGGCGAAUCUAGCGGCGAUUCAUCCGCCUACGGUCACGGCACCAAAACAGAUGGACACAGCUUCGGUCGCGAGCAGUACCCACUUUACCGUGGUGAAUGGUUUAGGCAGACCGACGACGGUCUACAGAAAGUCCUUCUGCGCGAGAAACCAGCUCACCGUGCUCGUCUGCACGAUGAGCUUCCUAUUCAUGGUCGGCCUGCUUCUUGGGAUCCUCUACAUGGAAAUGAGAAUUCGUGACAAGUACCAUUAAACGAGGGACAGACGACGAGUGUGGAUCUUUUUGGUGGUUUACGUGAAGCUCGAAGAAACGAUUUAGUUUCGGAAACACGCAUGGAUCCUCAACUAUGAUCAACGGGAUCAUUCAUAUUUAUACACAUAUAUCGUCGCUUAGAAUGUUAGAACCCGACUCGAUUAGACGUUCUCGAUUAGAGAUAAAGUUUUAAAGGCUGUAUCGCACCGCGUUCAGCGUGCGGUACGUGACAACUCAGUAAUUACGUUCAUGUAAUGAGGUAGCUUUAGGUAAAACGCGUAUAAAUGUUAGGACGCGAUCCCUGAUUCGUCAGGCCGAUUAUUUCGCGAAAGGACCUGCUCGCGUCCUUUGAAUUACGAUGAUUAUCGUAGAAUAUUUCCUGCCACAUUUCUUUUCUUGUAUAAUUAAGAUCAAACGACGCACGUACGAAAAACUAUCGCUUAUACCUCUGCUCGAAGUCGAUUAUUCGAGACCACAAUGCAUAUUUAGAGAUGAUCGAUUUGAAUGGGAUUGAAAUCGAAAGUAAAUUCAACAAAGAGCUUUCGAUUUGGAUUCGCAUUAAAUUAGAUCGAAUCGAUAUCGUCGUCUAAUUUCGUAACUCAUGCAUAUAAGAAGUUCUUCGAUUAACAACCGACAGAAGCAAUCGACGAGGCGGCAGUUAUAUAAGUGGAUACACGCUAACUUUAGGGUUUUGUUAUUUAAUUGUUACUAACAGAAAAUGAGCGCCUGGAUUCUGUAAGCCUCGUGUUCCAGGGUGUGUACGAAAAAGAAAUUGAGCAGUGAUCGCACCGAUCACUGACUCGCAACUGUGAUAUUACUUGCGUAUUAAUAAAUCGUCGAUUCAACAAGAAACUGUCGAACCAUGAAAAAGUGUCAA